GCGCGCUGUUCGAGGUUUAGUUCGCGCGAUUGCCGCAGUAACAUACGCGUUCUUACAGAUAUGGCCGCAAUCGACAUGCUGGCCUCGGAACAAAUGUUUUACGGCCACAGCCCGCCAGCUGGCUUCCUCGCCGACUACACACCACCAGUCAGAAGACCAACGAAGCUGACGUCUCGAGGAUAUUCGGCGCCAUGUCUGACAGCUGCAGCUCUCAAACCAGUCCAGUUGAGCCUUAAAACAGCUACGCGGUCUUGCAUCAGAAUGCCGACGGAGAAGAAGAAGAAAAAAGUGGUUUUUGCUGAUGAUCGAGGGUUAGCGUUGGAACAAGUGAAAUUCAUGACGGAGCCGUCGCAUGUGCCGCCGUAUUGGGCUCUAAAAGUGGUAGCGAGUCCUCCACAGGAACGAAAACCGCCUCCUCAACCGGCGGUGGAUCUAUGGGAAGCCAGGUUUGUUCAGCCAGCGUCAGAUUAUGUGGAAUUCCGGAGGAGGAUCACGGAAGACUGUGUUGCUUUGGAGAAUGUGAUAGUGAAACAGAAUGAAUGUGCCGUAGACGGGACAGUGAAAGUUAAGAACUUGGAUUUUCUCAAAGAAGUGUUUGUCAGAACCACCUCUGAUGGGUGGACGACGAGUGAGGACACUUUCUGUGCGUUCGUGGAAUCAGGGCCUCUGAACAAGAACGGCGCGUCUCUGUAUGAUACUUUUGGGUUCAGAUUGCAGCUGCCAAUCCAUUCGAGACGGCUGGAUUUCUGCGUGUGCUUCAAAUGCAAAGGGGAGGAGUACUGGGACAACAAUAAGGGACAGAACUACACGAUAGAGAAGUCUUCAGUCAGGAACUUGCCAGCCGUUUCUACUGCUAGAAUAAAGUUUGGAAACUCUUGGAUCGCGCGGUCGGAUGGAAAUGGAACUGUGCCGUACUGGUGAAAUUAAUUUGUCCAAUGUUGGUCCAGAAUUCCAAAUAUGUUGGUUUAUUUGUGAUUGUUAGUGCCAUACCGUUGUGUGUGCCAAAGGAUACACUUCAGUAAGUCGGGACUUGGAAUUUAUUUCUUACAUUCGAGCCGAGUGCUCAAACGGUGCUGAUUCGAUCAGGUUCUGAUACAACCUGAUAAAAACGGUAGCUAGAUUAAUUUGCAUGGUAACUAAUGUAGGUAUGUAUAAAAACAGCAUGCGAAUACUAGCAUUGAGAAUACGAAAGUCUAUCUUAUGUAUGUUCAUUUAAGGGUCAUACUCGAGUACGAAAACAACGCUGUUUGCCAAAAUCGAGAAGUUAUUUUGAAGUUACGAGUUUUCUCGAAUAUAACUUUAAUGUUAUUUAUUUCUGAGAUAUAACUACUAAUGUCAGUUAACUGUGAGACAGUGAUAGAUAAAAUAUACGUUCACUGACUCAACUCAUUGUCAUUUUAAUUUAUUUGUUAACUAUACACAUUAGCUACAUGAUAAUGUACCUACUUUAUAUUAUAAGUUGCUAAUUCACUUACAGGGACUAUUAUACUUAUCUAAUUAACAAUCGGAACAAACGUUUCAAUGUCGUUAACAAAUUUAUUACUUAUUACCCGACUACGCCAUAAGGGUUCUGUUUUUAUUAUUCUCAAUUUUGGCAAACAUACCGUUUGUUAGUGAGAAAAAUAUGUAAAUAAUAUUAAGACUGAGAUUAAUUUCUGUUAAUUUGGUUAAAUGUAAAGGUGAUCGCAAUCUAUAGGUCUGCUAUUAUUAAUUAUAUUUGAUUAUACAUGCCGUCGAUAAAUUAAGUCGAAUAUAUAAAUAUAAUUAUUAUUUAUAAAUCAAUUAUAAUUGUAAUAUAUUUCACUUAAUAUGCAUAAAUGAAUUUAUCUGAUAAUGAAGGAAGUAAAAGUAUACAAGCCAUAUUGUCCUAAUUUAGGCAAUAUUGCCACUAUAUUGUCCUACUAAUUUAGGAGAUAUUGACACUAUAUUGUCUUCUUGUAUAUGUUUACUUAUUGUCCAAUAUGUCUUUGAUAUUAAAAUUUGUACGUGAGAAUGAACAAGUGUGUGUAGGUAUAUGACGUUUAUAUACCUACGUCAUGUUGCGUCACGUCAUAUUAUUGUCUAUACGUCAAUAUGUGUCAUCGUCAAUACACAUUAUUUCACGUAUGUGACUGGUGUCUGACGUUUAGUACUCUAAUUGUACCUUACUACGGUUAACUAUGAUUAUUUUUGACGGUUUGAAACGUCAAAUUCCUAAUGUGCCAAACGAUGGAGAUUAUUUUGAGAAAAUAUUAAUUUAAUCUAGUCAUUUACUGAAAUUAUAGUCAUAUUUCCACUUCGAAUAAUAAUAGUGAUAUAACUAUACAUGAUGUAAGGGGAUGGCUAAUAUUGUGACUUUUAUGAAAUAAAAAUCACUAU